GAGCACCAUGCCUACCUGCCGCCUCGGUCUGCUCGUCGCCGCCCUCCUCCUUGGCCUGCUGCUGGGCCUCCCCCCGGUCACAGGCACAGGAGCAGAGAAAUCAGGCGUGUGCCCCGCGCUAGAGGUGGACCUGAACUGCACGCAGGAGUGCCUCUCCGAUGGGGAAUGCGCGGACAAUCUCAAGUGCUGCCGGGCCGGCUGCGCCACCGUCUGCCACAUGCCCAAUGAAAAGCAGGUUUCUUGCUCCAAGCUGGACAUCGCCUGCCCCCAGCUCAGCCUCUGCCUGAACCACUGCCAGGUAAACAGCACGUGUCUGGCCAGUUGA